AUGAAAUUUAAAAAAAAUUCAGCAGCACCAAAUGAUCAGACACCCACAAAGUCCAGCCGCACGUACGCAUCCUGGCACUCUAACGGGACACCUACCUUGGGUGACUCUCUUCAAGCUCCUGGCUCCGUUAAGGGGAUGGAACAGCAACUAGCGGCGAGAAAAGGGGCACAGCAAGCCAAGCCAGCGCUUGCCCGAACAGCAGGGAUCAUCAGUCCCCACUCCACACUAUGCCACACUGGGGUCCAGGUCACUCCCGGUCUGUCGUGCAGCACCUGUCAACCAGCCCCGCAGCAGCCACAACACAGGCAGACCACUGGACAACAGCGUGAACAAGCUGAAUCCACAGAGGGCAUGAAUUAA